AUGAUUAGUCACUACACCUUUCCAUCUGACGACGCAGGUUUAUCUCAAUCAAAAACAAUAAUUCAAAUUCUUGAUUUUCUUCUUGGUGAAUUAGACUUUUGUUUUAAUAUAGAUACACCUCCAUAUCAAGGUGUAUCAUCUUUGUCAAAUAUUCAUUUACUUGUAGCUGGUGGUGAUCCAGAAGAAAGUCGAAAUAUUCAAAAUUCUUUAUGUCUUUUAAACUCCGAUGACAAUGAUUUUAAUAUUGAAAAUGAAUGUAAUGAUAAAGAUGUGUGUCUUCUUUAUAAUAAAUUAAUAAAUAAAGUUGUUAUUAUAAAAUCUGUCUCAAAGGCAUUGGAUAAUGAAGAAGAAGAAGAUACUGCAUCAAAAAAAAAGAUUGGUAAUGAUUAUCCAUGUGUUUAUAUGAGAUACUGUUGUAGAACAAAAAAUAUAACAAUGGGUGUUACUUGGCUUGCAGACGGAUAUAACGAAGAUAUCGCAAUUUUUCAAAUGAAUUUAUAUUCAAAAAAUUUAUCAAAUUUUCAAUGGGAACUUGAAAACGAAAAAAUAGAAAGUCUGAAAAUUUCUUAUAAAACAAAAACAUCAUUAAACCAACGAUUAAAUCAAGCAUUAUCUCUUAUUCCAACAGAUGCAUUUAUUACGUUUCCACGUCAGUCGUCAGAUGUUAAAGUUGGUAUUAAUGGAUUUGGUCGUAUUGGUCGACUUGUAUUUAGAUGUGCAAUUGAAAAAGGUGUUCAAGUGGUCGCUAUCAAUGAUCAAUUUAUGACUGCUGAUUAUAUGGCUUAUAUGUUUAAAGAUGAUUCAACACAUGGCAAAUUUAAAGAUGAAGUCUUAUAUAAAGAUGGAAAAUUUAUUGUAAAUGGACAAGAAAUCAGUGUUUUUACUGAAAAAGAACCAUCAAAAAUUCCAUGGGGUCAACUCGGUGUUGAAUAUAUUGUUGAAUCAACCGGUGUAUUUACGACAAUUGAUGAAUGUCAACCAUAUUUACAAGCUGGUGCUAAAAAAGUUAUAAUUACAGCACCAUCAACUGAUGCUCCAAUGUUUGUUAUGGGUGUCAAUGAAGAUAAAUAUACAGGAAAAGAAGCAGUUCUUUCAAAUGCAUCAUGUACAACAAAUUGUUUAGCACCACUUGUUAAAGUUAUACAUGAAAAAUUUGGUGUCAUUGAAACUUUAAUGACAACUGUUUAUUCGUAUACAUCUGCACAAAAAACUGUUGAUAAACUGUCAAAUAAAGAUUAUCGAGAUGGACGUGGAGCUGCACAAGAUAUUAUUCCAUUAUCAACUGAUACUGCUAACGCUAUACGAAAAGUUAUUCCGGAUUUAAACGGAAAAUUAACUGGUAUAGCUUUUCGUGUUCCAACGGUAAAUGUUUCAGUUGUUGAUCUUACUGCUCGAUUAAACAAAGGCGCUAAAUAUGAAGAAAAUUACUAUAGUUCUCCUGUUAGUCUUUGGUCCGUUUUUUGA